AUGACUAAAGGAAUUCUAAUUGAUGUGAAUGUUACGCCAGAUAAACGGCAGGUGUUUUUAGAGCAGGAAAAAUUAUUAUUUGCAGUUAUAAAAUAUUCUUUAUUGGAAGUUUUAAAGUUUUUCCCAUCAACUUUUAAAAUGCAAAACCUUAAUAUUACUAAAAAUUGCGCUAGUCCAAAAAAUCAAGGACAGGGAAUUAAAAGAAGAUUGUCUGAUUCCGUAUUAAAAAAGGGAAGUAUAUUGGAAGCAUUUAAAAAGAGGACAAAAACAGAGAUUUCUUGUCAAGAUAGUACUAAUACGUUAGAAUCCAAAAACUUUAAUAUUAAUGAAGACAAAACAUUACCUGCAAAAUUGAUUAAAAACGAUAUUUUAAAUGAUAAUACAUUACAAAGCAAAGUUAAGAAAUACAUUAACAGUAAAAAUUCAGAUUUGCUUGCAUGCCAAACAUACGAUAUAUUGGAAUCAAAUAACGUAUCAAUACCAAAAUUAUUAGAUGUAAAUAAAAAAUACAACUCUAAAGAUGAUUUGGAUAAAUCUUCUGACAAAGAAGGCUUAGAAGAAUCUAAAUGGAUUAAUAAUAUAAAUUGUUUCUUAAAUCAAUCCAAAGAUGCUUCAGUAAACGAUAAUGAUGAUUUAUCAAUGGAAAUUAAGAUUGAUUGUCCUGCUCCAAAAAACAAUAAGAAAACAAUAUGUCUAAAUUUUUCCAUACGCAAUAUUAAAUACAGAAUAAAACAAAUGCAAGAAAAAAAUGAAACUAGCAAAGAUAUUAAAGUAAAAUUUCGAAGUGAUGUUAUUCCAGAAGAUAACACUAAGGCUGAGGAUGAAUUAAAUAAGCAUAUAAAAAAAGAAGAUUUUAUGAAAAUGAAAAUUAUUGGGCAGUUCAAUUUAGGUUUUAUAAUUUCUUUGUUAGAUAACGAUCUUUUUAUAAUUGAUCAACAUGCAACUGACGAAAAGUAUAAUUUUGAACAAUUAAUUUCAACGUCAGUAAUAAGAAAUCAAAAAUUAAUAAGGUAA